AUGGCGAUGGCGACGGCCUUCUCCACCUCCUCUUUCACUGUCUUCCACUUUAAACGCUCUGAAUCAUCCCUCCCUCUUUCGAGUUCCUGCAUUUUUCCGUCUAAGUCCACUCUCUACCUUCCAGUCGGGUUGCGUUUUGAUUCUUCCAGUCAGAGGCAUGUACCGAUGCAUGCCUCUAUUGAUGGGGUGGAUUCGAUUGAUUCGAUUUCAUUGAAUUCUAAGCAGGAGAAUGAUUAUGUUCCAAUGCCCAUUGUUCUGAUAGAUCAAGAUACUGAUCCUGAUGCAACCAUUGUGCAAGUUAGUUUUGGAGAUCGACUUGGUGCUCUUAUUGACACGAUGAAGGCACUCAGAGACUUAGGCUUGGAUGUUACCAAGGGAACUGUUACUACUGAGAACUCUGUCACUCAAACCAAAUUUUUUAUCGCACGACGGUCGACUGGACGCAAAGUUGAAGAUCCCGAUCUCCUGGAAAGAAUUCGUUUGACCAUUAUCAACAACUUACUCAAGUAUCAUCCAGAGUCCAGUGAGCGUCUUGCUAUGGGUGAAGCUUUUGGAGUAAAACCUCCUGAAGUAAAGGUUGAUGUUGAUAUUGCAACUCACAUACACGUUAAGGAAGAUGGUCCCAGGAGAAGCUUGCUCUAUAUAGAGACGGCUGACCGACCAGGAUUGUUGAUGGAGAUGGUCAAAAUCAUGGCGGAUAUCAAUAUAAAUGUUGAAUCAGCCGAGAUCGAUACAGAAGGAUUGGUGGCCAAGGACAAGUUUCAUGUCAGCUACAGAGGAGCAGCCUUGAAUAGUUCCUUGUCUCAGGUUCUCAUAAAUUGCUUACGUUACUACCUGAGGCGGCCAGACACUGAUGAAGACAGUUACUAG